CGCAUUUGCCUUGUGUCAAUGGCGACUUCAUUUAGGUUCGCGGCCUCACUGCGGCGAGCAUCACAAUCGCCUCGGCCUGCACCUUGUCUUUCACGCUUUAGAUCGACAGUCCAAGUACGAUGGACCGGAAGUACAUCGGCGACUUCUGAACCUCACCAGCCGGUUGAAAAGGGAAUUGGGAAAGGUGGGGCUGCUCCCGCGAAGGUGAUCAAAUUCACAUCCGAAGCGUAUCCCGAACUUCAAAGAAAUUCUAGGUUUGCCAAGCUUACCCAGGAACAUGUGGACUAUUUCCAAAAUCUUCUUGGUGCGGAAUCUGCAAUUAUUGAUGGUUUGUCAAAGGAUGCAUCAGAGGACAUCGAGCCGUUCAACAGCGACUGGAUGCGCAAGUAUCGUGGUCAUGCCCAACUUGUACUAAAACCUCAAUCCACCGACGAAGUGAGCAAGAUCUUGAAGUAUUGCAAUGACAAUCUGCUUGCUGUAGUUCCGCAAGGUGGUAAUACUGGCCUUGUUGGGGGCUCUGUCCCGGUCUUCGACGAGAUCGUGAUAAAUCUCCAGAAGAUGAACAAUAUCAGAUCGUUUGAUGAGGUGUCUGGCAUACUUGUUGCUGAUGCUGGAGUUAUCCUAGAAGUCGCAGACAACUUCCUUGCCGAGAGGAGGCAUAUCUUUCCAUUAGAUCUUGGAGCAAAAGGAUCUUGCCAGAUUGGCGGUAAUGUUGCAACAAACGCAGGUGGACUUCGCCUUCUUCGCUACGGCAGUCUUCACGGCAAUGUCCUGGGAAUCGAGGUGGUUCUGCCCGAUGGCACCAUCGUGGACGAUCUCUCGAAACUCAGGAAAAACAACACUGGAUACGAUAUCAAGCAACUCUUCAUCGGAGGCGAGGGCACGAUCGGAAUUAUCACGGGAAUCUCAAUUCUCUGCCCUCAGCGCUCUCCCGCCAUUAAUGUUGCAUACUUCGGACUUGAGAGCUACGAGAAGUGUCAGGAAGCCUUCAAAGAAGCAAAAAACCAAUUGUCUGAAAUCCUCUCUGCCUUUGAGCUGAUGGAUGGACGGACCCAGAAACUAAUCAAUAGGGCAACAGGCAAGAAGCUUCCUCUUGAAGGAGAACAUCCCUUCUUCUGCCUAAUUGAGACUAGUGGAUCGAACACUGAUCACGAUAAUGAGAAACUCCAAUCGUUCCUCGAGCAUGUCAUGGAAACCUCGAUAGUUUCCGACGGCGUGCUGGCGCAAGAUCAAACCCAGAUCCAGGAGCUCUGGUCUUGUCGAGAAGGGAUCCCUGAAUGUCUUGGCCACUGGGGUGGCGUCUAUAAAUACGAUCUAUCGCUGCCAAUUUCGGAUAUGUACGAUCUUGUUAACGACGUCCGGGAUCGACUCAUGAAGGCAGGGCUAGUCGGAGACGAGGAUUUCCACCCAGUGGUGGAUGUUGUAGGCUACGGGCAUAUGGGUGAUGCGAACCUUCAUCUCAAUGUCCCUACUAGAAGAUAUGAUAAAGAGGUGGAGAAGCAGCUGGAGCCGUUUGUGUAUGAGUGGGUGCAGAUGAAGAAUGGUAGUAUUAGCGCGGAACACGGAUUAGGAAUCGCAAAGAAACCCUUUAUUGGAUACAGCAGGAGCGACACGAUGAUUCGGCUAAUGAAGCAGAUCAAAGAUCUCUAUGAUCCUAAUGGGAUCAUGAACCCGUACAAAUAUAUAUAG